AAAGAGACAGGAGGCUUCGUCAUGUCGGCCACGGGUCCCAUAAGCAACUAUUAUGUGGAUUCAUUGAUAAACCAUGAGAGCGAAGAGGUGCUGGCUGCUACUCGGUUCUCCGCUCCCGGAGCCCUCCCCUCAGCCUCUCGUCCGGCAGGGCUGGUACCGGAGUGUACCGACUUUCCCUCGUGCAGCUUUGCCCCCAAACCUCCUAUCUUUACCACCUCCUGGGCCCCCGUCCAGUCGCAGUCCUCUGUCGUUUACCACCCUUACACCCACCAGCCGCACUUAGGCGCAGAUUCCAGGUACGUGCGCUCCUGGCUGGAGCCUAUCUCGGGAGCCGUGUCCUUCCCCGGCUUCCCGGCGAACAGCAGGCACUACGGACUGAAAACCGACGCGUUCCCGGAGCGGAGAGCCGGCGACUGCCUGGCCGCCAGCGGAAGGAACUACUCGGAUUAUCUGUACGGCUCUUCGGCUGACAUCCGAGACAGGACGCCGCAGAAUAUCCCUUCUCCCGAGACUGAGGUUUUGGCUCCCAGUAAGCACAAAGAAGAGAAGGCAGAGAUAGACCCGAACAAUCCAGUGGCAAACUGGAUCCACGCGCGCUCCACGAGGAAGAAGCGGUGUCCUUACACGAAAUACCAAACGCUAGAACUGGAGAAGGAGUUUUUAUUUAACAUGUACCUAACCAGGGACCGACGUUACGAGGUGGCCCGCGUCCUCAACCUCACGGAGCGACAGGUCAAAAUCUGGUUCCAGAACCGGAGGAUGAAGAUGAAAAAAAUGAACAAGGAGAAGAGCGAGAGCAAUGAGCCGUGAGAGACCGAGGCGCCGCGAGGGGAAAAGAGACCUUCCCGCCCCGGCUCGCAUCCUGCGGCAACCCGCUCCUCUCCUUGUCGUCUUUUCGUUGUGUUUAAAUGUAACGUUUUUCCUUUCGACCGAAGCCGUUUUAUUGACUUUGAAUGUGCAACGUUGCUCGGAUUUUUAAAGGUCCCCCCCCCCAUUGUGUAUCCAUAACCGGCUGCUUGGACUAGAAAAAAAAACUGUUUUUCUGUUGUUGUGUUUCGCCUUCAAAGCUACGUCGAAAUGCAAAGAGACAAAGUGGCGAUAAGACAAAAAAAAUCAACUUCUAACUCGUGUGACAAGAGGAACGUACUUGAAUUUUCUUUAUUCCUCUUCGGUUCUGCGAUUUCUUUUCUUUUGAGUCGUAAUUUAUGAUCGUCCCCUUCUCCUGUGUUUCUCCCUCACGGCUUUUCUUCAUUUUUGUAGAGUGCGAAUCUUGCAUAUUUUGUACAAAAAGGAAAGAAAACAAACAAACAAAAAAAAAACGGGCAGAUACCUUUGUCUGUGUGUUGACGUCUGUGGUAAUAGUUUUUGAUGUACUUUAUUCGUGUAUUUUUACCUUAGAAUCGACCGAUUCUGUCACUUUCUGUUCUCCUGUAGAUUGUAGCUGUAUUUAAAUAUAUCCAACGACAACACGCUUUUUUCACGUGUUUUAUGAUUUCUUUGGACACCAAGUAGGAAUGGCGCUAUGAUAAGACAGACGGCAGUGAAAUUAACAGCGAUUCCAGAGGCCCGCUGACAUGCAUUCCGGGCCAGGAGCAGGUCUUCCUCAAGACCGGUGUGCGGAGCUGAAGAAGAGUUUCAGUGUGAACCGCUCCGCAGAGGACAGUCGGCCCGGGCGGAGCCGCUGGCAAGGAAGCGAUCAGGCUUAGCAAGGCAGGCUGUGGGGUGCGGACAGAGGCCCGCGAGGAGAUUAGAAGCAGCUGCCAAGCCGGUCCAUUAUUCUUUGCGUUUGAUUCUCUCCUUAACGAACAUUUCCUGUGCGGCCUUAUUAAACCUUAAUAAGAGGGACGCAGGCAAACAAGGGGGUGAAGAGGGCGACACCGAAACCAGGCCAGGCACACAAAACACACUCCUAUACAACAAAGCGCCCUUAAUGUCAAGGAGCACACACACACACGCAAACCCAAGUCCUAAAGCCCAGGCCCAUGUGUGUGCCGUCCCGGGCGUGUAACUCCAGGCAGGCAAUGCAUGGGCCGGCUGAAACGGCAAGUCGUGUUUAAAACACGCAUCGAUUCGUAUUGGUCCUAAUCGGCGACGGGGAACCUCACGAAAUCGUGAAAUACAGUGUGUGCUUCUUCGCGUCGUGAAGAGAGAACUCUUUCGUUCACCAGGGUUAUCGGAUAUUAUUUAAAACUUGUAUCUUGCAUUUUUUUAAGGCAUUCGCACAAGGGAGGGCGAGCUCGUUAAAAUGCCAGUGUGCAGAUUUCGCAGUCUGAUCGCUCCUUGUUUUAUAACCUAGCUGUAGCAGUGUAGCACUUUGAUCGGCUGGUUAAAUCACGUUUCCAUUACUUGUUUCGUUUCGUUCUAACUGUUUCCCAGCCCUAUCACGAACGCCACUGUAAAGUGCGGAUGUGCAGCUUUUCCUAGGCUCUUGCGCCUCCGUUAGAGCUCUGAAUAUCAAUUUCACUGCAGGCUAAUCAUUUACCGACGCCGUGCUCGCAAGCUUGACAAAGGGGCGCUUUCUCACACACUGUGGCGUGACUUGUCGAAUAUACCGCACAGCCAAUGCAUUUUCCAUACUGUUUUUAUAUGAUACCAUGUAAAGCGUUGUGACUCAACAAAACAUUUUGUGCUAAAAUAAACAAUCAAGUGGACGAGGA